AGGGGAGGAGGAGCCCCGCAGACGCCGGAUGUGACGCAAUCGGAAAGCGGGUUUCCACGGAAAAGUUGGCGGCGCGGGUUUGAAAAGAAGGAUAUGUUAUAAGGUGGCAAGCGACGGACCUGCUGCCAGCUUGGUUUCCGGAUCUGGAUUCAGUUCGCCACUAUUCAGCUAUUAAGCUUUUCAUUUUAUUUUUUUUGGAGGGGAGUUCUCCGCGGCCUGUGUAGCAUUGCCUCAGACUUCUGUGAUCCUCCUCAGCCGAGCAAAGACUCUUAAAUAAAUCUGGCGAGGCUCGAAAAAGCCUGGACGCUUCUCCGCGAAACGAAUUUAACUGGGCGUGAUCGGCACGAUUUUCCCGGAUACUUGGCAUUACCGGCACUCUGUGUGUGGGGCUGUUCGUUGUCAAGACACUGCUCGCUGUAAUUCAGAAAGAGAAAAAACACCGUUUCUCCAGCCCUUGCCUUAGAGGAGAACUAGACAACGGGGUAAAAAUGUCUAUUUUCCCUAAAAUAUCUUUGAGACCCGAGGUUGAAAACUAUCUUAAGGAGGAUUUUGUGAACAAAGAGGUUGUAUCUGCUUUGGGUAAACAAGAAGCAGAAAGGAAGUUUGAAACUCUAUUAUAUCACCUGUCACAUCCUCCAUCAUUCACAACCGUCAGAGUGAAUACAAAUUUAACCUCUGUUCAACAUGUGAAAAAUCUGUUACUUGAUGAACUUCAGAAGCAGUUUAAUGGGUUAACUGUUCCCAUUCUCCAACAUCCAGAACUUCGGGAUAUCUUACUUAUUCCUGUUAUUGGACCUAGAAAGAAUAUACAAAAUCAACAGUGUGAAGCUGUUGUUGGAGCCCAGUGUGGCAAUGCAGUGUUAAGAGGAGCCCAUGUUUAUGUUCCAGGAAUUGUGUCAGCUUCCAAAUUUAUGAAAUCUGGAGAUCUUAUUUCUGUAUACUCUGAUAUUAAAGGAAAAUGUAAGAAAGGAGCCAAAGAAUUUGAUGGAACAAAAGUAUUUCUUGGAAAUGGGAUUUCUGAAGUAAGCCGCAAGGAACUCUUCAGCGGGUUGCCUCAACUGAAAGGUAUAGGCAUAAGAAUGACAGAACCAGUAUAUCUCAGCCCUUCAUUUGACAGUGUACUGCCCAGUUACUUAUUUUUACAGAAUUUACCAUCUGCCUUAGUGAGUCAUGUCCUGAAUCCUCAGCCUGGAGAGAAGAUCCUGGACUUGUGUGCAGCACCUGGAGGCAAAACAACACACAUUGCAGCACUAAUGCAUGACCAGGGAGUAGUGGUAGCAGUGGAUAAAAUCUUCACCAAAGUGGAAAAAAUAAAGCAGAACGCCUUGUUAUUAGGGCUGAAUUCCAUCAGGGCAUUUUGCUUUGAUGGAACAAAGGCGGUUAAAUUUGAUGUGGUUGAGGACACCAAAGGGGGACCUCCUUUCUUGCCAGAAACUUUUGACCGAAUUCUUCUUGAUGCACCCUGUAGUGGAAUGGGUCAGAGACCAAACAUGGCUUGUACUUGGACUUUGAAGGAAGUGACAUCGUAUCAACCAUUACAGCGGAGACUCUUUACUGUGGCAGUCCAGCUGCUGAAGCCAGGGGGUGUGCUCGUUUAUAGCACGUGCACUGUGACACUGGCAGAAAAUGAAGAACAAGUUGCCUGGGCCCUCAAAACAUUUCCUUGCCUGAAGCUUCAGCCCCAGGAACCGCAGAUUGGAGGAGAAGGGAUGCUGGGAGCCGGCCUGUCAUUUGAACAAUUGAAACAGCUGCAGCGAUUUGAUCCAUCUGCUGUGCCACUGCAGCACACUGACCUUGACUCUCUGAGAGAUGCCGCAAUAGAAGACAUGAUGCGCUUGGCAAAUAAGGAUUGUAUAGGUUUUUUCAUUGCAAAAUUUGUAAAAUGCAAAAGUACAUAGGAGAAGGAUCCUCAGAAAUGAAAAUUCCAAACAUUUGCCUUUUUUUUUUUAGCCAAAGUGUUGUCAGGCUAACUGAGCUAUGGCAUGGUUGCUAAGGAAACCAAUGGCUUCCCUAAGUGAGCGAUGGCAUGGUUGCUAAGGAGACAAAUGGCUGCCAGCUGUUUCACCCGGAUCAAGAGAUACAGAGGAAGUAGGGAGUGGUGGGAAAUAAUAUUGUUUUUAAAAUAAUAUUUUCUUUAUGGGUUUAGUGGAGUUAUGAAGAGAAGAUAUCUAUAGAUGUCUGGAACAUAUUUUCAUUUGGGGUCUAGUAUUUGUAAAAAAUAUAAGUCAUUUUGUAAUGUUAAAAAGGAAUAAAUUAGCAAUAUUUAAUGUGGUUAUAAAAAAUAAUUGUUUUCUGUUCCCAAGUUCCUAUGUUGUAAUUCCUCAAGAAGUAUAGUAUUUACUAUGUACCAACAACUGAGGUAGUAUUUUACUUUACUUUAUCUCUGCUUGUUAUCUGGGACAUCAGCCCCUCUUUCAAAUGAAUUAUGAAUACUCUUCUAAAUGAUAGCUUACCUUUCCUAUGUUUAAUUUUGUUGAUGAUUUUAAAUUAGAAAGUAAAAUAAUUAUUUUCUUUACACUAAAUUUUAAAAAUGAGAAUAUUCUACAAUUUGGAUACCUUAUUUUUUUUUUUUUAAACAUGCAUAAAUUAUUAGAAAAUGUUUGAAAAAGAGAAAACCAACUUCUGACAUGUGGGACUGGGCCUGGCCCUUGAUGUUCUAUUGAACAUAAACCAUUUCACAUGAAACCAACAUCAGACAAGCCAACUGUGCCUGUGACAGAUCCAGACUAAAAAAGACUACUUCACAAUCGAAUAUGGACUCCAACAAAAAACAGAGCAUCAUUGGAACUGCAAAAAUGACCAUAUGGUGGCCAAUGUUUCCUUUGGGAAUUCCUCGUAACUGUCACUAAUAAUGAUUGCAAGGUCUCUUGGAUCAGGAGCAAAAACAAGGAGCCAGCAGAUGAAUGCUUUCCUCGUUACCUUUGGCGGCAAGCUUCCUCACAUUCCCUGACUGCGCGAUGGAUUCUGAAGCAACACGGAGCACGAGGAGACACAAAGCCAG